AUGUCGUAUCCAAUUCAACGAAAUAAACCAGGCAGCGAUUCUUUGGUCGAUCAACAACUCGAAAAAUCUCUUUUCGAUAGUGAUCAUGACGAUGAUAUUUUUCGUUCGUUUUUUGGUCUUGCAAAUCGAAUGAUGAGUGAAACAUUACGCAGUGGUCCAAAUAUUAAUGGUGUUUCAACAUUUAUGAGUUCAGAUUCUAAUAAUCCUAAUGUAAAAGUAUUCGGUUUAAGUUCAAUGAAUGUUACACAAAUAUCACGUGGACCCGAUGGCCGUCCACGUGUAAUUCAAGCUCAUGAUGAACGUCGUAUGGGACCAGGUGGAGUUUGGCAAACGAAAAAAGCCUUGCGUGAUCCAGAUCAUGGUAUUGAUAGAAUGCAAGUCGGCUAUUUUGUUGGUGAUCGCGGUGAAAUUGUUGAACGUCACUUAGAUCCAAAUAGUGGACAAUAUCAACAGGAAACAAAACGUCGUGGAAUUCCUUCAAAUGAACAGAAUUUUUCUAAUAAUUGGAGAGCGCAGGCACAACAAGCUAUGCAACGACCACAUCCUUUACCAACACAAUCACAUCAACAACAACAAUUACCUCUUCAUUAUGAACAAUAUCCACAACAAGCUCCACCAUCUCCUCCUUCGUAUCAAUAUUAUUAA